AUUGCACGACGCGGUCUUCCAUCCGAAGACGCGUUUUGGUACGGGUGUUAGUGACGAUCCUGGUACAAUUCUGUACAUCUUCUCGAUCGAACUGCAUAUUUCAUUGUGCAGAGACUGUUAACAUGGCGCCAGUGACUGUUGACUACGAUAUCGACAAUUUCGAUGUCGACGAUUUCAACGAUCCGUUUGCCUCGGACGACGACAACACCAGCAACAAAGCCCAGUCUAAGAAGCGCGAUGCAGAAGCCAGCGGACUCGGUAUUGACGAAGCAAUCGCCGUCCACAAGAAGCCCAGAGCGCCCAAUGUCAAGUUGGAUGAACACAGACUACUAAGCGACAAUGGCAUACCCAAAUUACGAAAGAAGGCGGGCGAGCUGAAGUUCAAGGGCAAGGGGCACGAGUUCUCCGACACCAAACAGCUCCUCGACCUCUACCAAUUUUGGCUCGACGACCUGUUCCCGAAGGGCAAGUUCCUCGACUCUCUGGCCAUGAUAGAGAAGACGGGACACAAAAGCCGGGUUAUCAGCGCUCGCCUGAACUGGAUCAAUGAGUUGAAACCGAAAGCGACUCAGGACAGCGACGAAGAGCCAGAGGAAGAGUCGAAUCCAUUUGAGGAGCGACAGCCUGCCAAGUUCCCAGCGAGAGUUGCGCCGAUAUUCCAGAACCAGGUCAGGGCGAGCCAGCGACCAAAGACACCAGAUAAGGAGGAUUUGUUUGGAGAUCCGGAUGAAGAUAUAUACGAUGCCACUCCGAGGAAUACCACAACGACGGCGGCGGCUGGGGGGUCGUUGUUUGGGAACGGUGCGAUAGGUGGUGGUGAACCGGAUGAGGAAGACCUGGAUGCGCUCAUGGCAGAGGAGGAAGCGCAGCGAACUUCAACCACUUCAAUAUUUGGCAGUGGAAGGCCUGCGCCGAAGCCCGCACCACGCCAACAGGCGCCUGAUGAUGAUGAUCUGGAUGCAUUGAUGGCGGAAGCUGAAGCUGAGUCGAGUAUGCAGGAAUAUACUCAGGCAAAGGGACCGAAACCCAGCAAGCCAGCCGUGGAAGAUGAAGAUGAACUCGAUGCCCUUAUGGCCGAGGCGGAAGCAAUGGACGCUGGGACACGGGCGGUGUCAACAAAUUUGCCUCGACGGGAUAAGCAGCCAGCGGCAGAUACAACAUUCAAUGCAGAUGAUGAGGAAGCUAUGGCGGAAAUGGAUGGAUUAUGGUAAGAGUUGGUGUACGAGGAGUUCAGGUGUAUUAUGGUGUCGGAAAUUUGCCCUGGCCCAAUAGCUGGGUACUGUUGAACACCUUUGAGUUCUAAGGCCAAGGAGAACUAGGUAUUAUGAUAAUAUGAAGAAUUACGGCUAUGAUCAAUGUCUAACAAUAGCAUUCAAACGAAGGCUUACAUUACAGGUAGAGAAGCACGAGCCUGGG